GCGGCACGGAGCCUCGGCAGCAUCAGCACCACCAGGCAGCCUCGUCGGGUUCAAGUGCGGCUAAUCGCAUCUCGCCGGGCUCGCCGGCAUAUACUCCCUGCCCACAACACCUCUGCAGAGAUCCCGUCAGCAUCAGCAUCAUCACCGCCGCCUCCUCCACGCAACACCGGGCAGACUCCAAGAGGCAACGCGGGGUGUCUCAGCCACGUUGAGCGCAGGAAAAAAACAAAAAAAAACAACAAAAAAAAACACAACGUCACGGCUUCCGAUUCUGCAGUGGGAUUGCACCGCAUUUUGGAUCUUAAGCGUGGAUUCGGACGUGAGGCGGGGGAUAGGAAUGGCUGCUUCACGUCGGGAAGACGCUGUGUUCUGCAUCGUGGCUGUGCUGUGAUAAGUAGAUGCCCUUCAAGCCAUGGAGGAGAUGGACAGUAAACCCUACCAGCCGUUGUCAAAGGGCCGCCAUGAAAUGGAGAUGUCCUACACCAGUUCGUCCGAUGAGAGCGAGGAUGGCCGCCUCCACCACCGUUCUUACACGUCUCGUGAAACCCUGCCUGACUACACGCACGAGCUGCGCCUCACGCUUGGCUCACACCGGGAAAGACAGAACAACUACAGCCAAGCCCAGCCAGAUCUAGAUUUCUGCAAGGCUGGUCAGAUGAUGAGCCCGGACUACAUCCACCAACAGCCACAGCAGCAGCAGCAGCAUCAUCAAGAGGAAGAGGAGGAAGCUUUAUGCGCCGGACCCACCGCUCACAUCCACAGCCGCGCAUACUCCCUGGGCGUAGGUUCGGAUGUGGACACUGAGCCGGAAGUGGAUCCCUCGCCCGCUCAUGGCCUGCAGCACAUGUGGAUGCGUGGUUUGAAGUCUGAGCAGAGCUCUUGCCUGACGAGCCGCGCCAACUCUGCCUUGUCUCUCACCGACACUGAGCAUGACAGGAAAUCUGAGCCUGAUAAUGAGUUGCCCAGCAGUCCAGGUGGUCAGUUCACAUUCCGACCAUUACCGCCACCUCCUCCACCACCCCACGCCUGCACCUGUGCCCGCCCGGCCCCUUAUACUCAAGUCAGUCUGCAGAGGAAGACCAUGCCAACGCGAUGUCAGGCCACCCAGGGUGUCCAGGGGCCAGACACCGGUUCAAGCACGGACCAGGCGCAGCUUCAUGACAGCUGGGUGCUGAACAGCAACAUUCCCUUAGAGACCAGACACUUCCUCUUCAAGCAGGGCUCGGGUUCAUCAGCCCUGCUGUCAGGUGCAGGGCAGGGUUACCCCCUGACCUCUGGGACAGUGUACUCGCCCCCGCCCAGGCCCCUGCCACGGAGCAGUGUGACCAGACCACUGUUUACCUUCAACAAGCCUCACCGCUGCUGCAACUGGAAGUGCACGGCAUUAUCCGCGUCGCUUCUCACGCUGACCCUUGCCCUGCUGCUCACAUAUGUCAUCGGUGAGUUUUGCCCUCUACAUUAGAAUGACGUCAAAUGUGUUUGAAUAUCUGCAACACAUAUCCCAAUUAAGCUUUGUUGACCAAGCAAGAUAUACAGUUGCAUUUCAAAUUAAGUGUUGAAUUGUAUUCAUGUCUAAUAUAUAUAUUACAGUGCAGUAUUUGUCUUAUUUUCUAUUAUUAUGUUUUGCUAUCAAUAAAGAUAUUCAUCAAG